AUGAGCGGCAUGCGAUCACCAGCUCCUACGGAGGUUAUGGACAUCACCAACAUGCUCAAUAAGAAAGGUCAAAUGCAACAACUUACAUCCGGUCUCCUCGAUCAUCACCAAUACCAACACUCCUUCGUUAAGCACGAACCCGGUAUGGAGCGAUCCGCUUCUCCUCACGGCUCCGAGCACUCGCAGUACUCCAACCCCCACAGCAUCGCACGAGCCUACCCGUCGCCAUCCACGAUGCAAGCGCCGAUGCACAUCCCGAACCCUAUGCCCACCGCCAUGGGUCUCGCCGGCUACCCCGAGAUGCCCAACAUGGGCGGCAUGCCUCACAUGCACAUGCAGCACAUGCCUCAACAGCAGCACCAAGCUCCUCCCCCUCAGCAGCCCAUUAAGGCCUACCCGUGCAGCACAUGCGGAAAGGGAUUCGCGCGACGCAGCGAUCUCGCUCGUCAUGAACGCAUCCACAGUGGUGUUCGACCUCACGUUUGCGACUGGCCUGGCUGUGGAAAGCAGUUCAUUCAACGAUCUGCUCUGACUGUUCAUCAACGAGUCCACACAGGUGAGAAGCCUCACCAUUGUGAGACUUGCGCCAAGCCCUUCAGUGACAGCAGCUCUCUGGCUCGUCACCGCAGGACACACUCUGGAAAGCGCCCCUACAAGUGCCCUUACGCCGAUUGCCAGAAGACAUUCACUCGCCGAACUACUCUCACCCGUCACCAGAACCACCACAGCGGCACAAUUGAAGAGGCUGCCGCCGCGACCGCCGCCGCGCUGGCUGCGUCGAAGACUAAGGGAAUGUCGCAAGCUCGAUCUGACAGCGACCACAUGUCCAACCACGGUUCUCCCAUGACAACUCCUUCUCCCAGCCAGCGAACAAUGUCCAUGUCGCCAAGCGUUGAUCUCUCGGGCGCGAACAGCAUUCCCCGCCACCCUGGUGAUUUCCAGUACCUACAGCAGACUGGAUCCUUGCCCAUGCACAUGCGUGUUGGAAGCCCUACAUCUACCUCGUCUGGUGGCUACAAUAUGAUGCGACCUACAUCGCACCCGACCAGCUAUGGCCCUCCUCCUACUCUGGAGCCCAACUUGGAUAAUAGUCAGGGUACUCCCAGCAGCAAUGGUGGCAGCCCUCACAUGGCUAACGUUGGCUGGCAAUCACCUUCGCACAUGGCUUCGCCUUCGCAGAACAGCGCCAGCUAUGUCUAUCCCGAUCCUGCGGAUGCCUACCCUACCAACCCUGCCAUGAACCAGAUGUACUACGGUGCCGCUACGCAUAUGCGUCGACCUCAGAGCACUGAGCCUGGACUGGUACAUAUGGCUUAG